AUGACAGCCUCCAUUUCAAACCCGGCAAACUUCUCAGGACCAGCUACCCAGGUGCAAGCCAAUCGAGUACGAACCCAAGCACACAUCACCCCCUCAAUGGACUUUGGCCCCUACGAAGAUAGUAACGUUAAAGACCGUAGAAAGCUUCCUUUCGAAGUUCAGUGGAGCAUAUCUUUCCGAAUGUUUAGAACACUUGAGAAUGCCAUAUUCGAUUUCACAAAGAAGUGGGCACCUAACGCUCUGGCGAUGAACGACUUUAUUUCGGGGAAGAAGGUAGAGCUCAAUUUCUGGGAGCGAUUCCUAGCAACACCUAUCGUUAACCCGAUCGCAUUCGAGAACCAGGGCAGUGUCCCGCGAUUUCAUCAACUGCUGGAUAGAUUGAAAGAGGUUCGACACACUUUUGUUCACAGAAAGGAGCCACCAGUCCUUUACCUUGAGCGUAUGCUUGCAGAUAGUAUAGAAUUAACCACGAUGAUUGGAGAUGAGACCCGUGCACACAAACUGGAUCAGAUAUAUCAAAUGGUUCACUAUAUGGCUAGUCUUCUGAGGGAUCAGAUAUCGAAUGAGACAAAGACAAUACUCGAGGACCGACUUCAGGCCGGUAGACGGGCGCAGGACAUGUCUAUUGACUGGCUAGAGUCCAAUAGGCUCAAGAAACAGGAAAUCGAAAUCAAAAGAGAUUUAAGUCAUGACACGGCGAGCUUUGAAGCCUUGUAUUCCAAUACAUUACAAGCUUUGGAGAUGAUGCAACCUCUGACAGACACUCUUACUGACGACUAA